GUGUCCACUGAGGAUAAAAACGCUUGAGCGAUUUGUCAGUUGGGGGAUAUCAACAAGAGAAAACGCCUCCGUGUUAGUGUGCGUCCUCGAAGAGGGUCCACUUGUUAAAGAGCCACUUCCUCAGUAGGAGUUUCUACCCAGGCGGGUGCCCCCGUACACCUGCGUGUGUGUGUGUGCAUGUCCUUCGAGAGGAGGGGACUCACGCUUGGCGCAGCGGCAGAGUUGCGCGUCACGGAGGUCCGAAAAGUUGGAAGUUGCAUAGAAGUUGGAGGCGAAGAAGCGGCGCAGCAACGGGUACGCAGCUGGACAGCAGCUAAGCAGCUAAGCAGCCAAACAGCUAAAUAGCUAAACUGCCACCCCCCCUCCACUGAAAACACGCGGGAAUAUAAUGGAAAGGCAGGGCGACGCAGCGCACGCGUGCGUAGAGGAGCAAGAGCGAGUGCCCCCCAAAAAAAAGUACAGCAAUUUGGUGAAGAUAAGAAAGAAGCAAAUGGAAGGAGGGGAAAAUAAAAAUGACUUGCUGUCGGAGAAGAAGGAAGAGAGGAGAGCUCUGGAGUUGUUCCCAGUGAUGGUGGAGGAAACGCCUUCCCUCGAGUUGAAGAAGCUCCGAGAGGGUAUCUGCAACUUUGAAGAAGGAGCAGACGACGUUAUGAUGAGUCUCUACAUGAGCAAAACGCCGUGCAAAAGAUACGACGAUGAUAUGAUCUGCGAAAGUAGCAAAUAUGUAAAAACGUAUAGCAGCAAGAAGAGGGUGUACACACCUAGGAAGGUGAGCAAGGGGAAUUUGUUCCAAUUUGAAAAUGAGGAGAGCGGCAGAGUCUCCAUGUUUAGCACCCCCAAGAGGAAAUACACAAAUAAGAGGAAGAUCAAUGAAAUGUUGAAGGAUCUGCAUGGGGGUCAAGUGGCCAACAGGAGUGUCUCCAAGAGGAAAAGAAAGAAGAAGUCCAUGUAUGAUGAGUUGGUCUACUUGCACACCCCCCGCAGGGAGAGGAGCGAGUACGCCGCCAAUGGGGUGGACGCCGCCAAUGGGGUGGACGCCGCCAACGGGGUGGACGCCGCCAGCCUGACGAGCGCCGCUGCCCUGGCGGGCAAGUGGCAAAUGCAGGAGUCGAACGUGCAGGAGCUGCCCGAGUACAUAAAGAACGAGUACAUCUCCUACCUGUGCAGCCCCCUGAAGCGAAGCGAGCGGCUGAUCAAGUCCAGGAUAAAUAAAAUGCUGAAUGAAAAGGCAGGGCAGGAGAAGCAAUCCAAUUCGGAAGGAACGGAAAGAGACCUGAACAGCAAUAACACCACGAGCCACACGUCGAGCUACUCAGGGCUAUCAAAGAGCGAAUACAUCCAUUGCGACUUUGAACCGGAGGAGGAGGAAAAAUGUUGGGAUGAUUAUUACACACAGGGGAUUGACAAAAUAAGGCCCUUUACAGGAAUAACAACGGAGCUAGCUGUAGACAUGAUCACCGAUUUGCUAAAAUCGAAGGUUAAAAAAAUCGUUGUAGAUGAGAAGGAGUUCUUUUCCCCUAUUACAGAAAAUGAUACCAUUAUGGAGAUAGGACAUGGGAACCACCCCCUUGCUGUACAAAUGUAUGAAAAGUGGGGAACAGUUGGAAGGUACAUAGGAGUGGAGUUCAGCGGAUUAGCUAGCAGGGAAGCUUUAAAAUGUGAAAAAUUAAAAAAAUUAUUUUUAAAAAGAAAAGUGGAAUUUGUAAAAAUAUUAAGUAUGAAGUACUUUGUGGAGGGUUAUUUAAAUGGCCUUGUGGCUGAGUCAAACAUUUCGCCCUGCAAUGUAAAAACAAAUUUUGUAAAAAUUAAUAGCUUUAAGUAUAUCUUCGCAAAAAGUACCUUAGAUUAUAUCACUUGCCGAAUGGACAAUAUUGGGAAUAGCUGUGACUGGGAAGAAGAUCUGCAGAUAUCUCCUUCAGUCGUUGACAUGUUUGAUAGCUUGGCAGACUCGUUACAGAAUUGUAAAAGCAAUAGCAACAGAUGUAACUCCUGCAUCAUUUUUGUGGAACCUAGUAACUCCUCCAAAUUCAGGGAUCAUAUUCUCACGAUUUUUAAGGUCAUUUACACUGCCACGUUUAAGUAUAGCAGUGCUGCUAGAUUUCUACGCCUCAGCAAAAUUACGAAUAAUCCAAAGGCCUGUGGGUAUAUGAUUGAGAAGCGGAAUGAGGUGUAUAAAAACUUUGAGGAAAUCAGACAGGAGUUCCUCAAGCUCAUCAUUAAGGCAUCCGUCACGAAGAACGUCGACGAGGUCGACUGGUACCUGCCCAGCGAGGCCCCCAAGAAGUGGGUCAGCGCCGACCCCGCGGACAUCGAAUACCUCGUCAAGCUGGACCGCCACAGCUUUUGA